CGUCGUCUGCCGACAGAUGGUUAAUUUUGUUCAGAGGUGGACCCUUCCGAAAAAGGGGAGGGAUCUAGGUGGGUCAGUCAUCAUCCAGAGUUCAUACCUAACGCUACGCAUCUGUUUGUCGGUAUCUGUAAUAAUCUAGAAGCGGAGAAAGGAAUCGUGAUUACAACUGAGUCUCGGUUGGAGGUGUACGGAUUAGUGUGUUGUCGACGCUGUGAGAUCGUCAUGGCCUACCGUUUCCAUCGUGCGGCACGUGAUGGAAAGCUGGAUAUUUUAAAGGAAGCAACUAGAAAAGAUUGCAACACCAAAGAUGACGACGGGAUGACUCCGACUCUAUGGGCCGCUUUCGAAGGCAAACUCGAUGCUCUUCGGCUCAUCGUCGGACGAGGAGGUGACCCUGAAAAAUGCGAUCACUAUGGCAACACGGCCCUUCACUUUGCUGCGGCUCGGGGACACAUGAAUUGCGUCACGUUCCUAAUGAACUACGGCAUCAAUCUGUUCGCCAAGGAUAUCGAUUACCAUACAGCUACUGAAUUAGCGGCCAUGAAUGACCAACAAGAGAUUUUGCGCUACUUAGACGAACAAACUGCCAGGCAGCAGCGCGCCGAUCCCAAGAAAGUCAAAGCCCAAAUAGAGAAAGCAAAAAAGGAAACAGACAAGCUCGUGAAAGACUUUGCUCAAGUUCAAGAGAAGGCCCGAAAGUUGGCUGAAAAAGAACAAAAACGAUUAGAAAAGGAAAAACAGAAAAUGGAACGCUCCGGAAUGAGCAGCACAGCGAACUCUAUUGAACAGCCCAGCACCAUCAUUCCGAGGCCGUCGAUUGCAGCGCUCGAUCUUCGACGGGAUUCCCGGCUCAUCUACACGCAGAGUCCAAAGUACUCCGAGAUAGUCAACCCUAAAGAAAAGAAAGACAAAAUCAAGUUGCCCGUCAGCAUCGUUUCCAAAAAAGUGCAACAGCAGCGCAGAAAGAUGAUGAACGGCUCCAACCAGCAAUCGCUGUCCAAGAGUACGAGUCUGACGGCCCUGAACAAUAACAACAGUGAGAUGGCCGGAGUUGCACCUGGGGAUUUCAAAAUUGGAGCGAUUGAAGAUGGCAAACGAUCUGUUCGAUCCAUUUCUGGUUUGAGGAGAGACUCAGAGGUUAUGUACGUAACCACAUUCGACGGCACAGACAGUAAACGCUCUGAAUUGGGAGGCGCCUUUCCAGGUAUAGAAACCCGCAGCAAAAGCCUUUCUGUAGGAACAAAUCUGCGGGUUCCAACGACUUCGGAUAGCGGCUUCGGUGACGACGAUAAAAUUCCCGCAUAUCACCAACAGCAAAGAGGGUCCAUUUUCGAUCGGCCCGGAAUCGGCCGUCUUGCUUUUAGGAACUCGAUUGCUGCCCUAGUAGACAGUUCCACGGAGACUGGAAAGAGCAGCGUCACAGUUCAAAAGAAUGGAGCAUCCAACACCGACGAAGUGGUCCGUUUGAAUCACAAUCGACGCCAACGAGAAGACGAUUCAGAUCAGGAUGAUUUAGAAUCAGAUGACGACGAAGAGGAAGACAAGACUCCCUUGUACUUCUUCCUGGCCGCUUUCGGAUUAGAGCAGUUCAACGAGCCACUAGUCAAAGAGAAGUUUGACUUGGACUCGCUGAUGCUCGUCACCGAGGCCGACCUCAUUUCAAUGAAGAUUCCUUUAGGUCAUCGGCUAAAGCUGAUGAAAGCCAUUAACGAUAGAAAAGCUGCCAUCGAAAGUCCAGACGAAAUGGAGGACAGUCACCUGUAACUUUUUUUUUGUUUCUAAUUUUU